CAUGGUCACGUACUAUGUAAUGUAUGUACUAUGGGGGAACAACGAAUGUCCGGGACCCUGUCGAUCUAUUCCCAAAGGCGCAAUAGACAAUAGUGAUAUCCCGUGAUCCUCUGGGCGGUGGGACUUCCGCCAAACUACUACUUUAUCAGCCAUGGUCUGGGGUUAACUAGUUUCUUUUCCCCUCUCCCCUUCCCGUUGACUCUGCGCAUCCCAUGAUUAAUUCGCAGGGUGGUCGCGUCACCUGCUGGCCCAGCUGAGCUCUAUCUGUCUUUCCUCAAUUGCGCUGCGUGAUCCACCCUGAAAUCUUUCGUUAUCGUGGGUGCUGGCAUUACGGGAUACUUGCAUUAUCUCCGGUCGAGUCCGAAGCGCGAAAAGUACUCGACUGAUGAACCUGAUGCAUGGAGCUUCGACGAAGUUUUUAUCACACCAGCGUCCCCACCUUUCGAUCAUUUGUACAUAGUUUCUUCGGCUGAUAUUCUUCAUGGAUACCUUCACCAGAAUGUCUACUGGUGUCGCAAGACGAACACUUGGCAUCGGGUUGCUGCUGAUUGUAGUCGUCCUGUGGACGGCUUCGAAUUUCCUGGCUAGCACGAUAUUCGCCGACGAUACGUACUCCAAACCGUUCUUUGUGACUUAUAUCAACACCUCGUUUUUUAUGCUUCCUCUCUUUACGAUACUUCUUGGCCGGAUCUGGAGAUUAUGGCGUUCGGGAAAGCUCUCCCAGAUACACUCAUUUCAAAGUUUCUUGCGACACAUUGAUUCACAUGAUCCGGAUGCUGAAACAGUAGGGCGGGUCAAUGCUUACGAGCCCGUAGACCCUGAAACAUGGAACACAGCUACGUUGGAUUCGGAUGGGAAAGAGGAGGAGUCUGUCAAGCUGGGCUUGAGGGCGACUGCAAAGUUAAGCCUGCAAUUUUGCAUGUUAUGGUUCCUUGCAAACUACUUUGCUUUGGCUUGCCUGCAAUACACGACUGUAGGCAGCACCACCAUUUUGACUUCUACCAGCGGUGUCUGGACCCUGAUUUUCGGCGCACUCAUUGGCGUUGAAAAAUUCACCAUCCGCAAACUCGCCGGCGUCGUCGCCUCCUUGGUGGGAAUUAUUCUGAUAUCCCGUGUUGAUCUAUCUGCCUCAGAAGCACCCCCUGCAGAUGAUGGCGGCGGUAGCAGGUUUCCGAACAAAAGCUCCACCGAGAUCGCCCUCGGUGAUGCUAUGGCCGGAUUCAGCGCAGUCAUGUACGGAGUGUAUACGAUUGUUUUAAAGAAGCAGGUCGGAGAUGAGUCCCGAGUGAACAUGCAGUUAUUCUUUGGUCUCGUUGGACUCAUUAAUAUGCUCCUCCUUUGGCCCGGUUUCAUUAUAAUGCAUUUCACUGGUAUUGAGACAUUUGCACUCCCUGACACAGGCACAGUUUGGACAAUCAUUUUGGUCAACUCCGUAUCCUCGCUCUUGUCAGACAUCUGUUGGGCCUACGCUAUGCUCUUGACGACUCCUCUUGUCGUCACCGUCGGUCUCUCACUGACCAUCCCGCUCUCCCUUGUAGGCCAGAUCUUCCUCCAAGGCAUAACGUCGAGCGCGCUGUAUUGGGUCGGCGCUGCGAUCGUGUUCCUGUCGUUCUUGGUCGUGAACCAUGAAAGUAAGGAGAAAAAUUCCGAGGAAGCGUCAACGGCAGACUAUGACGCCAUUCCCGGAGAAGAGACAGGGAGGUGAUGUAUCUGAUCACAGGGCAACUAAUUAGAUUAGAGUUAGUCCAGAAUAACGGAUAUAUAUAUACACAAAUUGCCACUUCGUUAAAAAA